AACUUUUCAUAAGUGGAACAUGGCCGUAUUUCCGCGCACCGUGAGAAACAGUUUGUUGUGCGUGACACACUGAGGUGUAAAAACCGAAACAGGAAUAGUUUUCAAAAAGAAAAAGUCGAACAGUGGAGUGUCCAUAGGUAUAUAAUGGUGUUUGUGGUUACGGAGAACGUUAUUCCUGUGUCCCUCCUGCUCUGAUCACCACCACUAACACAGCGUCAGCUACAAAACUAGCAACACACAAGCACCACACACCAGUGCUGUCACGCGGCACAGCAGAACACCAGCACAAUGACUGGCUUCAGGCUGCUGUCUUUCCUGGGAACCCUGGCCGUGGUGGCGGCGACGGACGUCAAGCCAGGAACUCAAGUGGAGUGCGAGGGCGCCUUCACAGAGGUAGGAGGCCGCUGUGUGCACGUUGAACUCAGCAACAGCGGCUCGUGGCACGAUUCGCGAAAUUUCUGUCACGGUCUGGGUGGUGAACUGGUCAAUCUUGCAGACGUGCAGUUCUACAGUGAUCUCAUCCUGUACCUUGAAAGCAUACAUAUGGGAAAAAUGCACUUUUGGAUCGGUGCCACGGACAUAGCAAAUGAAGGCACUUGGGUGUGGACGGAUGGGUCUGCCACCAGGAUGGGCACCCCGUUUUGGGCCAACUAUGGAGUAAACAAUGACCAGAUGCCAACUGGGGGAACAGAUCAGAAUUGUGCCAUCCUUGAUACAAAUCUGCAUUACUAUUUUAAUGACGCUGCGUGUGAAAAGACAUAUAUCUUCCCUAUAUGCGAGAAGUAGGAAAGCAAAGUAACAUUGUCUUGCAGCGUCGCACAGGCGCCGUAAAUCAUUCCCUCCUAAUUUCAAUAAAGUAGUUGUUUGUGUAUCUAACUGAUGCAUUGUUUUUAUUUUCACUAUCUAUUCAUUUUAUAUUGUUCGUUAUUUAUGCAUCCUUAUUGUUUAGUUUUUAAAGGCAUUCUGUAGGUAGCAAGUAAACGGAACAUGUAGCUUUCCAUGCCCUAGGUAAGCCAAGCACAACAACGACAUGUAAGAAACUCAUCAAGCUUGUCAAAUAUCCUGGAAUCUUGUAUCAGUUUUUUAAAUGUUGUGUACUUGAUAACAAACAUUUCUCUAAUAUGAAAUACUGCACUUGUUAGCACAUUGGUAGU